GCUGGACGCACCGCAGCCGCCCCGAGAAGAAACAACAACAGCGGGGAAGAUAAAAAAAAUACAAAAUACAAAAAAAAUCUUCAUUUUUGAGAUUUGGUCGUUUUGUUGAAGCCACUUGAUCACUUUCUCCCGGGGAAACAGAGUGUGAAAAGCGAUGAAAGGGCGGCAGCUUGGAUGGCUUUACUUUCUGGUGUUGAACGCAGCCGUACAGUAUGUGACGUCCGUGGAAGAGGAGCUGGCCGACUCUGUGUUUGGUAACUUCCUGGAUCCUCUGAAAGACCUGUUUAACCACAAAGAUAACACCAAAGGCACCGUUGCCAAAUUCUCCUUACGCAAGCCCUCCCAGCCCGAGGAUGACCUGUGUUACCUCAUCCCUGGCAAACCCGAGUCGCUGGCAGCCUGCACCUUCAACAGCACCUCCAAAACCUUCCUGGUGAUCCAUGGAUGGACGGUGAGUGGUAUGUUUGAGAGCUGGGUGGCCAAGCUGGUGUCAGCACUGUACGAGAGAGAGCAGACGGCUAACGUCAUAGUGGUGGACUGGCUCAGCUCGGCACAGAACCAUUAUGUGGUGGCAGCCCAGAGAACCAAGGUGGUGGGACAUGUGAUCGCUCGCUUCAUCGACUGGAUAGAGGAGACCACCAACUUACCUCUUGAAAACCUUCACCUUAUCGGCUACAGCCUGGGGGCUCAUGUGGCUGGAUUUGCUGGUAGCCAUGCCAACAGCAAAGUUGGGAGAAUAACUGGUCUUGAUCCAGCUGGCCCUGACUUUGAAGGGGAGCAUGCCCACAGACGCCUCUCCCCAGAUGAUGCUGACUUUGUGGAUGUCCUCCACACCUUCACACGGGGAUCUCUGGGUCUCAGCAUUGGGAUCCAGCAGCCUGUAGGCCAUGUGGACAUCUACCCCAAUGGAGGUAGCUUCCAGCCGGGCUGCAAUCUCAGAGGAGCAUUGGAGAAGAUUGCUAACUUUGGAAUACUUGCCAUCACUGAUGCCGUGAAGUGUGAGCACGAGCGUUCGGUCCACCUCUUCAUCGACUCUCUUUUAAAUGAACAGGAUGCGGCCAAGGCCUACCGCUGCAGCAGCAAUGACAUGUUUGACCGUGGCAUGUGCCUCAGCUGCCGCAAGAGCCGCUGCAACACCGUGGGCUACAAUAUAAGCAAGGUCCGCAAGGCUCGUAACGUCCAGAUGUACACCAAAACACGAGCCUCCAUGCCUUUCAGAGUGUAUCAUUAUCAGCUGAAAAUCCACUUCUCCAGUAAGGUGAACCGCUCGGAGAUGGAGCCCUCGCUGACCAUCUCAUUGUACGGCACAAAAGGGGAAGCUGAGAGUCUGGAUCUUAAACUAAAGGAGAAAAUAAUGACCAACAAGACUCAUUCCUUCCUACUGGUGACGGAGAAGGAUAUUGGUGACCUCCUGAUGCUCAAGUUUAAAUGGGAGGAGGCUAACGGCUGGUCUGCCUCCAGUAUGCUGAGGGUGGUGUCUUCCUGGUGGAAAGGUGAUGCAGAUGACAGCAGCAUGGAGGUCCACAAGAUCCGCAUCCGCGUGGGCGAGACACAGCAAAAGCUGGUGUUUUGUGUGAAAGACCCUCGUGCUCAGAUCUUGACACAGGAGGUCACAUUUGUCAAAUGUAAGGAUGCGUGGAGGACCACCUCAAGAAACACUCCUGAAAGGAUAACCCCAGAGCGCCACUAAUACCGAGAAACGAGAGCGACAGUGGAAAGCCCUUCUACAUGUCACAGCACUCAGUAAAAUAUUUAUACUUGUAACUUAUUUUAUUUCUCAAAACAUACGAAGACAUUACCACCUUGUAGAUAUGUACAGAAGUGUGUGUUAUUUAAAUCUUUGAGUGUGUGAAUACCGUAUAAUGUUUUGUAGAGUAAGUGCUGUUUUUGUGACACACACAUACAUAUAUAAAUAUAAAUAAUUAACUGCCAUGUGGUGCAAAAAGACUACAAAUGCAUCUUUGGUGUAGAUACCAAAGGGAAUAAUAUUAUAUAGUCAUUGUGGUCUCAGACUUACGAGGGGCUCAUCGACUGAAUGAGUACUAUGUGAAGGUGUGGAGAUACCCCUCCGCUCAUGUGUAAAACAUCUCAAGUUAAAUUUCCUCGUUUUAGUGGGCACUGUGAAAGACCCUCUUGUUUUCUUUUAUACUACAUCCUUCAGGACAUUAUUUCAAUUGCUGAAAGGUUUCUGUUCAAUACUCAUCUUGGUACUCAAUGUAAGGGAGGCAUAUUCCUCCAAGGUAAACCUUUUUGAAAUGUUCGAGGUGCUUUAUGCAGAAGUAUGUGUUUUCUCUAACACUAAUGGUUGACUUAUGUGAGCAUUCACCACUGUCGUCCUCAGCACUGGCAUAUGGCUGUGGGACCUGUCUCAGUGUGCCUUUACUGUCUCAGUGUGCCUUUACUUUCUUAGUGUACCUUUACUGUCUCAGUGUGCCUUUACUUUGUUAGUGUGCCUUUACUGUCUCAAUGUGCCUUUACUGUCUGAGUGCCUUUACUGUCUCAGCGUGCCUUUACUUUCUUAGUGUGCCUUUACUGUCUCAGUGUGCCUUUACUUUCUCAGUGUGCCUUUACUGUCUCAGCGUGCCUUUACUUUCUCAGUGUGCCUUUACUGUCUCAGCGUGCCUUUACUUUCUUAGUGUGCCUUUACUGUCUCAGCAUGCCUUUACUUUCUUAGUGUGCCUUUACUGUCUCAGUGUGCCUUUACUGUUAAUGGUCGCCAGACAAAAGCGGCUGCAAAAUGUCUUAACCCAUAUUAUUUUAUUGCUCUUGUUUCAGUUGAGCAUGCAUUUUGUACCGCAGAGGCUGUUUCUUAAACAGUCUCUGUGAUGGUUAACAUGGACAUGCUCUGACAUGUACAUUAUUUUAGGAACUUCGUUGCUUAUACUGAAGCACUUGAGGAUAGUAGAGUGCAUGUAUCUAGAUAUUGUUUGUUUAAUGGCAACUAAGACAUGGGCAGCAAGUAAAAACUGGUAUGCAUCAAGGCUGAUAAUGUUACUUAAAAAGUUUCUUGCUUUUAUUCUGCUUUUGUCUGAUUUAUGUGGUUAAAUCAAAAAGACAAAUAUGACCCCCCCCCCCCACACACACACACACAGGAAGUAUGACACUGUGUUUGUGUUAUGUGGGACAACUGGACUGUAGCAAUAUGAUUGUGUUGUGGCUUUUCUUAUGAGGCUCUUGUGAAUAAAAUGUUCUGUAAUUAUCAUGCGAUUAUGUAAUUUAAUGAGGUUAUUAACCCAGAUUAAAUUCUGAAGGAAUAUAAUGUGAUUAUAUUCACAAUCACAUUUUCAAAUACACACAGUUGUGUAAGCAUCAUGCAAACUAAAUGGCACUAUAGAGAUCGGUACUGUGAUCAUUGUGACUUUAUUUCCACAAUUUUUGAUUCAGCUGUCUGAAUGAGUGGAAAAUAUUCUAGUUUAUUUCUAGCACUGAAAGCAGAGUUAAACAUUACUAAACUGUUACGUUCAUGUACAGCAUAUUAAAUGUAAAUAGCAUUUUUUUUAGGGGGUGGGAGUGUUUUUUUGUUGUUUUUUUUGGCAUUGUAACUGUAGAUAUGCUUUGAAUGACUUUAACAUGUAAAAUAUGCAUUUCUGUAAUCCCUUGUACAGAUUCGUAAAUAUAACACUGAACUGUAUAAAUACUUUAAUAAACAAACCUACAAACUUUAAGGUUUUUCUGAGCAUGAAAUUUGUUUAAGGAAGUCACUGACUGAAGGUGGCGGUCCAUUUCCAAAUGAAAUAGAAAACGAGUUGAAGCAUUUGUCUUUGCUUUCUAACACCAGUAACGCUGUGAUAAAUGACACAAAACCAUUUUAUUGUUUACACUAUUAUCUGCUUCAUUUCCAAUGUUGACAAAAUCUGUAUUUUCUCAAACCUUAUCAAACUAAACCCUUAUAUUUGUGUGAUAUGAAAAUACUUAUUAGCAGAUUACCCAAACUAACAUAUGUGAUAUUUUGACGCCAUUCAACACGGCUGACGGUGUCAGGGUGACCCAACCAGUGUCAGCAACAGCUCUGUUAGAAAUAGUUCGGGCUGAAACUUUGAUAAGCCACUGACCAACAAGUAUGCAAAACCUGCUCAGCCCUAUUUCGAAAUGUGAAGU